AUGAGUGUAGUGGCCCUAGCACCGCAACACGUCCAAAGACAGGACUUGAUGACGGCCGUUGGCGGAGGAAAGGUCCAAGGCGCGUGUCCGACCAUGUCGCUAAGCCGGGACAGCAAGUCGGACCGCCAAAACGGACAGGGUCAGUAG